AUGGGAGCCACCCUCUUUCACCCCUUAAUCCUCAAGGCCUGGCUCCCGAGAAACUUCGACAAGCCGAUGGACAUGAGGUACGAUGGGACCAAGGACCCCCAGGAGCAUAUCACAGCUUUUAAAGCAAGGAUGAACUUGGAAGGGGUAGGCGACGCGGUCAGAUGCCGGGCAUUCCCCGUAACACUGGCCGGUCCAGCAAUUCGAUGGUUCAACACCCUCCCACAAGAGUCCAUCACAACUUUCACAGACAUAUCUCGAAGCUUCCUAGAUCGGUUCACGAUGCGCAUAGCCAAGGCAAAACACCCAAUCAACUUACUGGGGGUUACCCAAAAACCCAGCGAGCCGACUAGGAAAUUCCUAGAUAGGUUCAACAACGAGUGUUUGGAGAUCGACGGCCUCACGGACUCAAUCGCUAGUCUAUGCCUAACAAAUGGCCUGCUGAAUGAAGACUUUAGGAAGCACCUCACAACCAAGCCUGUAUGGACUAUGCAGGAAAUUCAAAGCGUGGCCAAGGAAUACAUCAACGAUGAAGAGGUCAGUCAGGUUGUAGUAGCCAAUAAACGACAGCUCCCUAGCUCGUCAGCUUGGCAGGCCCCUCAAGUCGACAGACCUAGGCCGUUGAAGGAGAGGACGGGAGGCAACAAGAGCCUUUACUGCGAUUAUCACAAGGGGUUUGGCCACAAAACCCAAGACUGCUUCGACCUUAAGGAUGCCCUGGAACAGGCCAUCAGAGAAGGAAAGCUGAGUGAAUUCUCCCGGCUCAUCAAAGAACCGAGGAGGCGGGAAAGGGAACGCUUCGAGGAAGAUCGGAGCCAGACUGUCAAACCAAGGCAAGAACCCACAGUGGAUGCCAAUGACCCCCCAACUUUUGUGGUCAACAUCGUGGUCAGGAGCGACAGCCCCCCUAAAUCCAAGUCGGCAGCCAAAAGGGACACCCGAGUACUCUCUAUCUCGACAGAUGGCCCCAGCAAAAGGCAUCCCACAAUAUCAUUUGGCCCAAAAGAUAAGUGGUUCAAUGACCUCCCCGAAAACCCCCCAUGGUAG